UUCAAACGGGAUUGCCAACGUUAGGCCGAAAGACGAAUGUGUUUAAGUCGUGUGUAUGUGUGUGGUUUGUGUGUGAAGGAGAGAUAGUGAAAGAGGAGAGAGAGCGAAAGCUCGGUGACACCGACACACAACAUGCAGCUGGAACCGGGCGGUAGAGCUUCGUCCGAGUGCUUUUAACUCGCUAGAGGCGGAAAGGGAGGUGAGAAAUGCGGGCGCCGUGUGUAAAGGUCCCCCGCUGCUGUGUUUGUCUUCACUGUCAACAACAGUCCUGCUGCAGCUCCGCUCACGGCUCCUGUCGGUUCAUUUAACGGCGCCGCACCGGGGAAAUCACUGGGACUAUGUGAGCAUCAUGCUCGCUGUGAGAUGCCUGCUGUUCGCUGCAGUGUGUGCACGGUGCGCCGUGACAGGUCUGAGGGAGUGGGCGAGUCUUGAGGAAAGGCUGCUGCCCGCAGAAGAGGUCGUUCAGCCCAAGCGGCUCCUGCAACAGAUCCACUCCCAGGAGGAGCUGCUCCACAGCCGCCUGGACACCCGGGUCAAAAACUACACAGCCGGGGCGCAGCCGGUCCAUCUGGCCCAGAGCAGCUUCCUGGUGGAGGCUUUCGGCACAUCUUUCAUCCUUGACCUGGAGCUCAACCACAAUCUCCUGUCUACAGACUAUGUGGAGCGUCACUAUGGCGAGGAUGGGAAGCCAUCACAGAGUAUGGGGGGAGAGCACUGCUACUACCACGGGCGAGUGCGGGGGCUGCCCGGCUCCUGGGCUGCUCUGUCCACCUGCCACGGCCUGCGGGGGAUGUUCUCUGAUGGGAACUUCUCAUAUGGGAUUGAACCCGUUGGCAGCGGAGAGGAGCAUAAUGACCACAUCAUGUACCGUAUGCCGGACAUUGACCUCUUCCCACCUCCCUGUCCAGGAUGCUCCGUGAACAGCUCAGAGCCUGAGGGGCGGCCAGACGGCCACAGUGAAGGAGACAGAGAGCUGACGGAUGGAGACGGCUGGUCUGAAGAAGAGAAGCCUGUCCUCACAGCGGGACUAAAACGCUCAAAAAGACAAGUUCGGCGAGGCCAGCGCACCGUCCAGACCGAGACUAAGUACAUCGAGCUGAUGGUGGUUAAUGACCAUGAACUGUUUGUGCAGCUCCGUCGGUCGAGCACUCAGACGAAGAACUUUGCCAAAGCCGUGGUAAACAUGGCUGAUGCGAUCUACAAGGAGCAGCUCAACACUCGCAUCGUCCUGGUGGCCAUGGAAACCUGGUUGUCUGAAAACAGGGUCUCCGUGGGCGACGACGCCUUGCUCACCCUGCGCGACUUCAUGAAGUACAGGAAGGAGAGCAUCAAGGAACGCUGUGACACCGUGCACCUUUUCUCUGGGAGGACGUUCAUGAGCAGCCGCAGUGAGGCGGCCUACAUCGGGGGCAUCUGCUCGCUCACCAGGGGUGGAGGCAUCAAUGAGUUUGGCAGUGUGGGCCCCAUGGCCAUCACGUUGUGUCAGAGUCUUGGCCAGAACAUUGGCAUGCUGAGGAACAAGGAGCGAACAGCUGCAGGAGACUGCAGGUGUCCAGAUCCAUGGCUAGGCUGCAUCAUGGAGGAUACAGGCUACUACCUGCCGAGGAAGUUCUCUCGCUGCAGUAUAGACGAGUACCUGCGCUUCCUCCAGCAGGGAGGAGGCAGCUGCCUCUUCAACAAGCCCAGCAAGCUAUUAGACCAACCAGAGUGUGGCAAUGGAUAUGUAGAGCCGGGAGAGGAAUGUGACUGUGGAUCUCUAGUGGACUGUGCUCGGAGUGGAGCCAACUGCUGUAAGAAGUGUACGCUUACCCACAAUGCCAUGUGCAGCAACGGGCUCUGCUGCAGGGACUGCAAGUACGAGCUGAGAGGCGUGACGUGCCGUGAUACUGUAAACGACUGUGACAUUUCCGAGACCUGUACAGGCGACUCCAGCCAGUGUCCUCAUAAUGUCCACAAACUGGAUGGCUACAUGUGUGAUGCUGGCCAGGGUCGUUGUUAUGGAGGUCGCUGUAAGACCAGAGAUGGCCAGUGCAGGACUCUGUGGGGCUACAACUCCGCUGACAGGUUCUGCUAUGAGAAGCUGAACUCUGAAGGCACAGAGAAAGGAAACUGUGGCCCAGACUCCAGUGGUCAGGGAUGGGUGCAGUGCAACAAGCAAGACGUUCUCUGUGGUUUGCUGCUGUGCACCAAUCUGACAGCUAAGCCGAGGUUUGGCGAGAUGCAGGGGAAGCUCACCAGUCUGACCAUCCACCAUCAGAACAGAUACCUGGACUGCAGAGGAGGCCAUGCAGUGCUGGAUGACGGUUUGGACCUGGGCUACGUGGAGGACGGGACGCCAUGUGGGCCAAACAUGAUGUGUUUGGAGCGCCGCUGCCUCCCUGUCACCACCUUCAACCUCAGCACCUGCCCGGGCUCCUCGUCCUCACGUAUCUGCUCCCACCACGGGACGUGCAGUAAUGAGGUGAAGUGUAUCUGUGAUCCAGACUACACUGGGAAGGACUGUAGCGUGUUUGACCCGAUCCCCAUCCCCACCCCGCCUGAGGGCCCAGAAAAAUACAGAGAAACAUCCGAAGAGGAAGAUCUGCAGGAGUUUGAAUCAUAUGCUGUCCUGUCUUCCUUACCCCAUGUCCAGUCUGCUCUGAGGAGACAAAACAAAGAUGUCUUCCGCUUACGAGCCAUCAGACCUUUUGUUUUUCCCCUUUUUCUGACUUUACUGAAGCUGUCUCUGCCAGUAUUUUCUCCCUCUGGAAAGUCUAAUUAUUUUUUGACUGUGGUACAGAAACCCUGAGGGCACAUUCCCACAGAUUAGAACGGCUCUCAGGGACUGUCUGGUUACAAAUGUCCAAGUUGCCGUUGUCAGUAUUGCCUCCUGUUUUGUGCUCGUUCCAGUUUUUAUUUGCAAUGUUUUUGGGUUGCUUGAACUGAUAUGAAAUAUUUUUGUCCUGGACACGCGCACACGCGCAAAGCCCUUACCUGAAGUGUGUUUACUCAGCUAUUUGGUUCUCUUUUCCUUUCCUGUGGUUACAGCUGGUCCUCUGCCAUUUCGACUGUUAUUAUGCUUUACCCUUAUAAGUGAUUUCAUGGAAGAAGGAUAUUUACUUCUCCUGGUUUGAACUUGUUAAGGAAGCCUUCUGUUAAUAUAGUUAACAUAUUUAACCUCAUAGAGAACACAACCACCUCCUCUCAGUAGUGUGACUAGAAAUAUGAAUAUCAUACAGAAUAGUGAUUGCUGACAUUUUAUCUGUGUAGAUGAGGGUUAUUUUUGUGUGCUAGGACUUUACAUUCCACAGUUAUAGCCAUAGUUUCUCCUCUUAUACUGUCAGUCAAUAUCAAGCAGUAGUCCAUCCUAAGUCAAUGCUUCAACAUAAUAUGCAUUAAUGUAUGAAUGUAUAGUUCAAGCCUGCAAGGAAGCUUUUUUCAUCUCUGUGCUGACAUCUGAGUACUUUGUACUUUAGUGCAGCCAAACUGGAUAGACAGCUGCUCAUGUACACACCAAAUGUUUUAUCCCCGCUGUACGAUAUGUAAUCCAUAUACAACCAAUAUGCAUACAAGUAUGCUGAACAUGGGUGCUGAUGUACAUAGUGUAUAAUAAGGUUGACUCGUUUAGAAAAGCAGUGACACACUGCCGCUCUGAAUGGAAGCACAAGAAAACUCUUCCUGCCUCUCUCAGCCUAAAACUGCUCAUUUUGAAGAUUUUAAUUAGCACGAGGUGAUUCAGUUGGAGCUCCUCUGGAUUUUCAAAGUUGUUGUUGUUGUUGUUGUUGGCUUCAUGCCUGAUUAUUUGGACUGCAAGGAAUAUCGUAUAUAUUUCAUAUAUGCCCAUGAAGGGGAUUUUCAAGUUUCAACAUGCAAACUUAUGAUGCAGACGCCUUAUUAAAUACAAGAUCUCCCUCAAUAAUGCAUAAAUUCUAUACAUAAAGUUUUACAAAUCAAAAUUUGGCUUCUACUGUAUGUACUCCCUUACAUGUAUAAAUAAACUGCAUAAAAUUAGAAUUUAAGGCUGUUUAAGCCAAAUAUGCUUUAUCUCUGAAUGAUACAAUUUGGAGGAUUUAAUCCUGACUGACCAGAUCCAUGUAAUAAGCAAUAAAUAUCUAAAAGAAAUAACUUUAUAAAGUUGAUUUCCAGAUUGUAUUUCAGUAUGAAACGACAAACAUCACAACAAGCACCGAAAAUGGUCUCCCUUUUUAAAAAUCCAAUUCUACAGAUUUUAUGUGCAUCACUCUCUCCAUUUAGCCUCUCUGGACCUCAGAGGGUCUUAUAUCAGGAUUUAUAUCAGAUUAUACGCCUCCUUUAUUUCACCAAUAACUAUAAAGAACUGCGUAAUAGCACAGGUGCCAGAGGAGAUGAUCCACAUUACACUGCCAGUCAACCUACAGUAGCAUUAAAGGAAUAGGUUGAAAUUUUGAGUUGAAGUCUAUCACACAGACUUCUUUAGUGAAAGUCUCUGCCGCUGAAAUCAGGUUUAUUAAACCAAAAAUCUUAAUAUCAUUCCUCACUGAAGAAGAUAAGUGGCAUAAAAGAAAUGCAAAUUAUACCAAAAUCAUAAUUUGACAACAUGAACUUGAUUUAAAUGUCAGUGUAUCCCUUUAGUCAUACUUGAACUACUCCUUAUUCCCGAAACACUGUACAACAAUCUUAAAAAAAAAAAUACUCAAGGACAGACUUAGCUGAAAGCUCAGGUCACGUUGUGUUUAUCGCCACUGUUUGUGAUCACACAUCGUAGUUGGAUUCAUUAAAGGAUUUUGGCACCAUUCAUGUAGAGUAUGGACGUCAACCUUGUCUAGUCUACAGGAAGGUCAUCAGUAUUAGCUUUCAAUGUAAAUACUCAUAUUACUGUAUAUUAAAAUACAUAUUAAAACAUAUCUGAAUACCA